GAUCAAUCCGAACCGCCUCCCUAAAACCGGGAGGAGGAGCCGCCCCCGCCCUCCUGGCCCUAAGGGGAUCCCGCGGGCCCACGGCUGUCAUGGCGGAGAGGCCGCAGCCCCCGCGGCCCGGGAUCGGCGUGGGGGUGGUUGUCACCAGCCCCACGCACCCCAACUGCGUCCUCCUGGGCAAGAGGAAAGGCCCGCUGGGGGCCAGCACCUACCAGCUCCCCGGAGGCCACCUGGAGUUCGGGGAGAGCCUGGCGGACUGCGCCGCGCGGGAAACGCUGGAGGAGGCGGCGCUGCGGCUGCGUCACGUCCGCUUCGCCUCCGCCGUCAACUCGGUCUGCGCCGCCGCCCGCUACCACUACGUCACAGUCCUCAUGAAGGGCGAGGCGGAGCCGGGGGCGGAGCCGCGCAACCGCGAGCCUGAGAAGAACGAGGGUUGGGAAUGGGUUAAAUGGGAUGAAUUUCCUCCAGCAGAUCAACUGUUCUGGGCCUUACGCUGUUUGAGAGAGCAAGGUUACAAUCCCUAAGAAGAGCUCGAUCAUCUAAAGGGGUACACGGGAAGUCACCAACUAGCAUAAAAACUAACCGUACAUGACCUAACAAACUAAAAGACUGACCUGUUUUUUGGGGGGAGUAAAAGAGGAAAGGAUAUAUCAUGCUCGCUCUGCCCACGUGAAAAUAUUACCCUUCCCAAAGCCAGAAAGAUGCCAGAUGUUUCUUUACCUUAUUUCAUAUGACAGUUUUCUUGUUCCAGAGCUACUUCUAGCGCUAGUGGUUAACAGUUAAUGUCAUCUUUUAUAGAAAACUCAGGACUGUUUUACCUGGUUAAUCGUUAUAUAGAUGAAUAGCCCUUUGGAAGUCAGAACUAGUCAGAGAAGCUCGCUCACUUGGAAACAGUUGCAGCAUCAGGCCCAAGAGAAACUGAUUUGUUCAAACCACUGUCCUGCUUUCUGUGGAAAACUACUUUGUGUGUCAUGCUGCUUUCCUAUAAUCAUAAAUCUUGGACCAAUUUUUAAAUUUAGCCUUGUCUCAUAGCUUCAAUUAAGAUACCGUCAUGAACAAAAGUCACAUUUUACAGACGACACCUUGUUCUCCUGCAGAUAGUAGCACAUACUUGAAAAUCAAGGUAUUACAGACAUGAAAAAGGUUGCGGUGCCUUGUUGCAGGGAAUGAAAAUUCCCCGACCCUUCUUGCCACCCUGUUGCAUUAUGGCAUUCUGUUUGCAGCCUCACUUACCUUAGAAUUUAUCUGCAGAAGCAUUUCAGAUCUCUGCAGCUGAUCUUAAUUCCCGAUCAUGUUACUAAACUCUUAAUAGUUUAAUGGAGAGGUGCCUACCAUGUUCUACUAGGCUGACACAAGUAAUGUUGUACAAACUAAUCUCAUUUCUAGGUGUAGCUCUACAGCACACAGUCACUUUUUGGCUAAAGAGGGUUGUCAGUAUGAAACAGCACAGAUAACGGCUUUUGGGAUUUGACAAAUGGUUAAUUUUCUGUUUGAUGUGACUAAAUGAUUGAAUGGGUAGUGAAUGAAUCACGGCACACAAAGAUAAAUACAAAACCAGUAAGUUUAUAUUUUUCAUUUUUCUAGAAUCUGUAACCAAAUUCGAUUCUUUUCCAGCUGUAGUCAUUAGGACAUCAGCAAUUAAUUGUAGGAUAUGACUUUUAAAAAAAAAAAAUCACUGCUUGGCUCUUUUUUUUUUUUUUCUCUUCAAGGUUCUUUUAGAACACAGUUUUUGUCUGUUCCCUUUAGAUAUACCCAUUGUCCAAGAUGCUCUGAGAUAAACCUUUUAAUUUCUUUUUAAUAAAACAUAAGCACAACAUUGAAAGAUUAAAAUUGUCUGAAAUAAUGAA